AUGGAGGAUCAAACCUUCUUUCUCUUUCUCUUGCUAUCUUGUCUUUUCGCAUUCAUAUAUACCUUCACCAAUAUCCGACGACGCCACUCACGGCUUCCACCGGGACCAUAUCCUUUUCCAAUCAUCGGAAACCUCUUAAAAGUCGGCAACAACCCCCACCGCUCCCUCGCCAUACUCUCUAAACAAUAUGGUCCUUUGAUGUCACUUAAGCUUGGAAGCAAGACAACCAUAGUCCUUUCAUCACCUGAAAUCGCCAAAGAAUUCUUUCACACACAUGAUAUCUCAUUCUCUAGCCGAUCGGUUCCUGACACUGUCCGAGCAGCUGACCACCAUAAAUUUUCAAUGGUGUGGCUGCCAGCCGGAGAUCAAUGGAGAAAGUUAAGAAAAAUAACUAAGGAAUAUAUGUUCUCUGUGCAACAGCUAGAUGCAAGUGAACUCCUCAGGCAGGAGAAGGUUCAGGAAUUUCUCAACCAUGUCAAUCGAUGUUGUACAAAUGAAGAGGUUGUGAAUAUAGGUGCAGCUGCAUUUACCACGACUCUUAACAUUCUCUCCAACUUCAUGUUUUCUAGGGAUUUUGCUCAAUACGAUUCCAUGUCAUCACAAGAAUUCAAGGACGCGGUAUGCGGUUUGAUGAAACUUGGCGGAAAGCCGAAUCUACCUGACUUUUUUCCGAUACUUAAAUCAUUGGAUCUACAAGGGUUAAGACGAGAGGGAACUGUUUAUGCUAACAAGUUACUAAGUAUUUUUGAUAAGGUCAUCAAUGAAAGGUUGCAAAGUAGAUCGACUUCAUCUUCACAUAAUGGCGAUUCAACCACAAAGAAGGAUGUUUUAGACUUGCUCCUCAACCUGAACCAGAACGAUGAAUCAGAAUUUAGUCUAAAUGAUAUCAGACAUCUAUUUCUAGCAUUGUUUAUCGCGGGAACUGACACAACAUCCAUUACAUUGGAAUGGGUAAUGUCCGAGCUCAUUCGUAACCCAGAGAAAAUGGAAAUAGCACGAUUUGAGGUCAUGAAACACAUGCAAAACAACAAAAGGAGCAUACAAGAAUCUGACAUCUCUCAACUCACUUACCUACAAGCUGUGAUAAAAGAAACUCUUAGAUUGCAUCCACCGGGGCCCUUUCUUAUCCCUCACCAAGCCAUAAACGAUAUUGAAAUCAAAGGUUAUAUGGUGCCUAAAAAUGCACAAAUCUUGUGUAACAUUUGGGCAAUGGGUCAAGACCCAAACAUCUGGUUAGACCCACAAGUGUUUAGGCCAGAGAGGUUUUUGGACGUCGAGAUCGACUACAAAGGCCAUAAUUUCGAGCUCAUUCCAUUUGGUACAGGGAGGAGGAUUUGUCCGGGAUUAAAUCUUGCGAAUAGAAUGUUACAUGUAAUGUUGUCAUCUUUGAUUCACAAGUUUGAUUGGAAGGUUGUAGGGUACACAAGACCACAAGAUAUUGAUAUGGGGGAAAAGUUUGGGAUCACUUUGCAAAAAACUAUACCACUCAUGGCUAUCCCAGUGAAACGGUGA